AUUUCGUGUUUUGACGUCGAGAAGGAAACAUGGCGCUUCGUAAUAGUCCGGUUAGAUUUUAAUACGGCACUUGUUUGAAUAACGUUCAAAAAGGCGGGGGUAAUUAAGCUAAUAUGACAAAACCGGCAACGGCGGUCGCCCCCUUUUUGUCGGAAUGGCGUUUUUCCCUCGCCGUGUUUGUUGUCGUUUCGCUAGCUUAAGACCGUUGUCGGUGACAUGCUAGCCGGAGCUAGCGGGCUAACUGGACGGCUAAACCGUCAAAUAAUGCAUCUUAAAUGUGUCAUGUUAACAAAUGGUUGAAACGCAAAUCUACCGUUUAUUGUUUUUACCAUAGCUAGUCGGCACAGUCUAGCUGCUCGCUGGCUCGGACGGGAAGAUGAAGAGUCGUCCUGGGUGUGUGGUGUUGCUGGGCAAUGUCAUCUUUCUGUCGGCGUGUUGGCUGGCUGAAGGAGCGCCUCUUCACUUCCGCCACAGCACAGGUGAGACCACAGACCGAGGCACAGGCGACCCAUUGUACGUGUCCCUCUACCUGUCUCUGGUGGUUUCCCUGACGGCGCUGGUGGCCCUGGUGGUGCUGUUAGUGAACUGUGUGACCUGCUGCAAGAAGAGGGAGAUCAAUUUCAAGGAGUUCGAAGACCACUUUGACGAUGAGAUUGACUUCACCCCGCCAGCGGAAGACACGCCGUCUAUGCAGUCACCGGCCGAGGUGUACACCCUCGCCGUCUCCCCCGUAGCCUUACCUGGACCCCCGCACCUCCAACCUAAUGCACCCAUCACAGGAAGAUCCACAGGCUUCCAGGUAGCCCGCCAUAGUUUAAGUUACAUCCAAGAGAUUGGCAGUGGAUGGUUUGGCCAGGUGAUUCUGAGUGAAAUCUACACGGAUCCAGGUGGCACCAGAGUAGUAGUAAAGGAGCUGAAGGCUAAUGCGAAUGCAAAGGAGCAGAAUGACUUCCUGCAGCAGGGGGAUCCUUAUAGAGUAUUGCAGCACCCAAACCUACUCGAGUGCCUUGGACAGUGCGUUGAAGCGAUUCCCUUUCUACUUGUUUUUGAAUACUGUGAAAUGGGGGAUUUGCGAGGCUAUCUGUCACAGCAGGACUGGACAUUCAGAAGUGCUGAGAUGCUCCAGCUGCAAAGGAUGGCCUGCGAAAUUGCCGCCGGUCUCACUCACCUUCACAAAUACAACUUCCUGCACAGUGAUUUAGCUCUGAGGAACUGCUACCUCACGACCGAUCUCACUGUCAAAGUGGGAGACUAUGGAAUUGGGCCUUAUGCGUAUAAAGAGGAUUACAUCAUCACAGAGGACGAUGUAUUCGCGCCACUCCGCUGGUUGGCUCCUGAACUUGUGGGUGAGCGCCACGGGGGUGUGGUCACUAUGGAGCAUACGAAGCCCAGCAAUGUUUGGGCCUUGGGGGUCACUUUGUGGGAACUUUUGGAGAAUGCCGCGCAACCAUAUCCACACCUGUCUGACCGGGAGGUUCUCAAUCAUGUGAUCAAGGAGCAGCAAGUCAAACUCUUUAAGCCACAGCUGGAGCUUCCCUAUUCGGACAGAUGGUACGAGGUCCUGCAGUUCUGCUGGCUCUCUCCAGACAAGCGGGCCACAGCAGAGGAGGUGCACCGCUUACUCGUCUACCUGCGCAUGCAAGGCCAAAGGGACAUAGAAGAUGACUUUGAGCAGCGCUGGGAUGCCCUCAAGCCUAAUGUUUCCACACGGCAGACCACCGUCAGCCACUCCUCAUUCCCCAUCUUGGAGCAGUUCAGCGACGACUCCCUGCAGCAAGACAUCGACGAGGUGCUAACUGUCACCGAGACGAGCAAAGGACUCAGUUUUGAGUACGUUUGGGAAGCGGCCAAGCAUGACCACUAUGACGGCAGCCAUUCUCAUUCAGGCGUGGACACGACGGUCAAUUACCAAAGCAUGUUUUUUCCUGUUUCUACUGAAGACAUCCAGGCCAAUUACCCAGAUCCUGUUGCCAGAUCAGCACUGGCAGGUAGUGGGAACAGUCCUUCGAGGAUACCUGGGAUUGUGCCGGUGUUCGAUGCCCAGAAGCCAUCUAAUGACAACACCUAUUACAUACAAUUAGAAGAACAAGCAGGAGAAAGCACUCAAACCACAGACUUCACUUCAUGCCAACAGGACUUUGUUAUCCUUCAAGAUGUUCGUCUAGAUGAAUCCAGCACUGAGGCAGACUUUUUUCACCACAGUAUUGACUCCAAGGAUUCCUAUUUGCCAGACAGUCACAUCUGGUCCUCUCUUGAAAAUGACAGUCCAUACCACACCAACAUUUUCACUGAGGGAGAAUCCAAGCAGCAGGAAGACUCUGUUUCUUGGAGGCAGGAUUUUGUGGAGCUUCCAGAGAGCACCGGGAACCCUUUCUGUAGUAAUACUCCUUUGAAUGCACAUAAUUCUUUUUUAGGGGGAUGUCCGGAAGCCACUUACCGCACUCUGGAGGAGGACUCGUUUGAGGACAACAGUGAUGGGGGGAGGCUUCUAAAUAAUGAAAAGCUGGCAGAGAAUUUUAUGUUUCUUAAGGAACAUAAUCUAAUGAAAGAAGGUAGGUUUCAGAAUUUUCUAUUACCUGGUGUUGUCCAUGAACCUGAAGAUACCUUCAGGAUGAGUUCUUGGGACAACCCGGACAUAUAUGGCAGCUUAAACACAGCAGAUACUAACUCAAAACCUGCGUGGUGUAGCACAUCCCCAGGAAAAGAACUAUAUGACUCAUCCAGUACUAAUUUUGGGCCACACAAUCCGUUCCGGGUAGAAAAUGAAACACUGGUGCCUUCCAUUACUGUUAUGUCAGAAGACGACACAAGCAACCAGCUGCCAGUUAGAAACAGUUCUUCCACUGAGGACCUCACUCUGCUCCAACCCUCUGGCAGAGACUUGGAUUCUACCUCGGAGAGAUUUGAUCUGCUUGUUCGUCAGAUUGAUGAUCACAUUCCCAUGUUCUGUGAAAGUGCCACUGCAGACCUUUCGUGCACAGAUGCCAAACUUUCUAGCCUUGACUGUGACGUUGGAACUCCAAACGUUGGCAGUCACAGACUCCUACCUGACGAGUGGCAUGUCCAAGCGUCCGUUUCAGACAGCGGACAUGUUGAUGAGCUAACUAGCAACGACCUGUUGAGUGACCUCAAUGACGAUGCAGACAUGGACAUGAAAACAACAAUGUCUGACCAUGAAGAAUCAUUCACUGAUGGUAAUGGACAACCUUCUCUGUUAGUCUCUGGUCCGUCUUUAGACCAGAUUAGCCAAGACAGCUUACUAGAGGACAGCAUGUGCACCUCUCUGCCAAGUGUGGACCAUUCAGCUGAGACACCGGACUCCUUGGACUCCUUAGACAUCCACAGGCUCGGAGAUCAGCACAAACUCCAACCCCCGUACAAAAUAUCUGACAGUGGCUAUGAGACAGAGAACCUGGAGUCUCCUGAGUGGAACUCUCAGCCGAAUGAUGAAAAAGACAUGUCCCCUGUAAAAGAUGUCCUAAAUGUGGGCCAGAAGACAAAAGAAACGGAAGAAGCUGCUGCAAUGACAAAUCUGGUUCCGCCAGAGAUCAUCAUCUCUGAAGCCGAGGGCACUCUGGACUCUCCCAGUGAGAAUCUGAACGAAGACGCCCAUGUCGCUCUUGCUGACGAACCGCUCAUGAACAGCAACUACAGAGACUCCGCCUACUUCUCAGACAACGAAUCAGAGCCUGAGAAGAAAUGUGAAGAAACGAACAUGGAUGUCACAUCGCUGAGGAAUUCUACGGAUGAUCCUCAACUCGUCAGACCUCUGGAACCUAGUUCGGAGUCUCUGUUAUCACUGCAGGAAAGUUCUGCUGCCCUCCAAGCGCAGGGGGAUGUGGAAAAAGAUCCACUCCCAGACGUGUGUGCAAAUAUCAAGGAGUCCCUCAACCGGUCCAGUCCGGUUGGAGAUGAAUCUGACUCUUUCCGUGAUCCGGACCAAACUAAACCAUCCGGUCCACUCCCGUCCGUUGAGGUUGGCGUUCAUGCUAAGCUAACAAGGACCUACGCCGGUGAGGGCCACAAAAUAAAAGAGCCGGACAUGGAGGGACGUUACCUGGGCAGGCGAGACGGCUCGGGUUUGGACGGCCUUGAAGACGGAGGGGACGCGGACGAGGAGAACGAAAACAGCGACGACUCCGAUGAAGACGGCCACGCCUACCAGCUGCACAGCUCCAGCUCGGACAGCGAGGACGAUGGCGUGCACACAGUGCCGCUCAUUAUCUCGGACGACAGCGAUUCAAAGAACCUGAGGAGCUUGUUGAAACCUUCCACCCUCAGCAUCCAGGCACCAUCCCCAACUUCUCACACCGACGCCACCAGAAGAGCCGUGUCCUUCUUUGAUGACGUCACCGUCUACCUGUUUGACCAGGAGACCCCCACCAAGGAACUGUGUGACCACACCUCAGGUUCUGACAACCACACACCACAGUUCAGCCACCCGGUGCCAAGUUCCAGUUACCUGAAUCGCUUUGCCAACUCUGAAAGCUCCACGGAUGAAGAAGGUGGCGGUUUUGAGUGGGAUGACGACUUUCCCUCCACGCCUGCCUUCCCCUCCAAGACACACACAGACAUGGCGUCAAAGAGCAUCUCGGCCCCCCCGGCCCUCACCACGGCGUCCCUCUGGAGCGGCUCGUCCAACUACUCCCGCUUCUCCAUCUCACCUGCCAGCAUCGCCAGCUUCUCCCUCACACACCUCACGGACUCAGACAUGGAACAAGGAGGCAACAGUGAAGAUGGAGAAAAAGACUAAGCAACAAUCAACACUUUGCACUUUGGAUAAGGUAACAGAUGGAAAAAAGGGCAAAGUACAUUUCUUAUGUGUGACCAUCACCAUGACAUCACCACCAGGGAGGCGGAGCCUAUUCCCAUCACCUCUACUUGGCUGCUUCAUUAUUGUCACCCAACAAGAAUACAUCUAUUUUGUUCAAGUAGACUCCAGCCAAAUAGGAAUUGAACGUGGAAUAAUGACUUAGUCACUCAUCCUUCUGCCUUUUUUUAAGUUGACUUUCCUUCUUGACGGUGCGUUGCCGUGUCUCCUGGUCGGACAACAACUUGUUUGUGUAGCAUCUUGUCCCCUAAACACACUUGCCAACAAAGACUGGGUCUGUACAGAGGUCUCACUCUGCACCUUUUCCCUCCCGACGCAGGAUGUUGCAGUCACACAUGAAACGUGCUGUCCGACUAAAAUGGUUUUCUACUUCUUUGGGUGAGCUGGAGUGGAAGUGUCCAUUUUUUAACGUCACAAUAGCAAAGUUCACUUUUAUGUUGAAAUGAAGACGUCAGUUUGUAUAAAAGUGGAAAGAGUGCAAUGACUUUGUAAUAACAUGAGCAGCUUUUUGGUCAUUAAAGAUAGCAACAAACACUAAAAAAGAAGAAUCACUGCAGCAUUAAUCUACUUUUUGGAUAUUAACACAAAGCUUCUUUUGAUUAGGGAAUUUGGUUGAUUUUUAAAACAUUUUAUUUUGUUUUUAAUGAUUUUUUUUGUUUAGUUUUAACUUAAAUUGUCAAUGAAGUUGUUCCGUUUUUUAAUGCAUUUUAAUAGACUUUUUUUUUUUGGUUUGCUUGUUUUAAAUUAUAUUUUCAUUUCUAUUUGUUGUAGAAUAAUUAUUAGGCUGUUCAGUUGAAUUUUGCUACCCAAAGAACCUCAGAGGGGAUUUGCACCACUUGUUGUGUUUCCUUUAGCAGGCUGUCAAUCAUCUCAGUGACUGUGUGAGUGGAGCAGUAAAAACUGGGUAAUACGGUUCUAACUGUACUCCUUUAACGACUCCAUCUUAAGGAUUUUUGACCUAUUAAGACGACACUGUCCUCACAGUUUGAGGUUUAUUUAAGGACGACACAUUUGCUUAAUCUUGCACAUUUGACAAAUGUAACUUAAAAAGUGUACUGACGUGUAUAAUAAAUAUUUUCUUUGUUUUGUCUGCAAACGGGAGAUCUAUGACCAGCGUGUGAGUAGUUAAGAAGGACGUUUCUUUGUGAGCGCGAGCCGAGACGAUCACGACAACAUAUCAUGGUGGUAAAUAAAUAAUUGUGGAUUUACGCUGUCCUUUGAUUUUGGAAGAAGAAGAAAAAAAGAGGUGAUAUUUUUACUUGUUUUACAUGGAUCAUGCGUUAGUGUCAUUGAAAUGUUUAUAAUUACACUGUUUAAUAUGAAAAUAAAUGCAAAUGAACUUCUA